AUGACAUUCGAUCCUCUCGAUCAUUUAGACGCCUCCUUGGGCGACUUCGAGCCGACGACUCCGCCACCGGGCAGGAGGGGCCCUCAGGGCGUGAACUUGUUCGGGCACCCGUCGCAUCACUCGAGCUUCCGGUCAGACGACGCGGAGAGCGACCUGGGCCCGGACCCCGAAAACUCAGUCUCCGCCGGUGGCUACAGUCCUCCGGCCUGGCGCCGCCUCGGAAACGGGAGUCGCGACAGCGGCUUCUGGCGCCGGAGUGAUGACCUGCUGGGCGCAUUCUCCCCGCAGCUUCACGGGCACCACCAGGGCUUUGGCGGCUUCAAGUCGAGGGAGUCCAGCCCUGAGUACGAUAGCGACGGCGAUGAGGGCGAGUCGGUGCUGCGCAGGGCCAUGCGCACGAGGUUGCCGACGGGGAGCAUGAGUCCUGAUAAGGCCCGGUCGCCGAGUCCCGAGCCCAAGAUGGAGGAUAGGACGAUCAAGUUGGAGGAUAUCCCAUGGAAAGAAACGAGCCCUUCAGAGGGAACGUUGAAUCAAGAAAAUUGUAUGGCCCCGUACCUGAAACCCAAUCCUUUCUAUCGUGGUAUCAGGCUGACCUCGCCGAUAGAUAUCAGAUUCGCAUUGCGCGCAGAAGUACAGCAGCGCACGGAACCUAUCGAAGCACUUGUUCACUUCUUCCGCUCAAAAUGGCGAUUCUUGACUCACUCAUGGUCGUCCACGAUCCUGUCCAUCCUCAUCGCCGUGCUCGCCAUUACUGCGACGCGCAACCUCUUCCAGCCCGCUGCGCAGCAGCCGGUGCCCGACCUUGUCAAGGUCGCGGGAAUUGCGCGGUCUUUCGAACCGCUUAUCUACUUUUCUGAGAAUGGCGCAUCCCAGGUUGGCGAUCUGCAAGCAACUGGUGUCGCCGUGUGGGAUCUCGGCGAGAGCGUGCGCUCCAGCAACAUGACUUCUGCGCCGAUCAUUGUGAAGGAGCUGGAUGAUCUCAGUGAGAGCUUGAAGACUCUAGCUGUCGAGCUGACAAAAUUCUUUGCGAAUGUUGAUGGCGAUAUUGAUGGCAUCCUCAUAGUCAUGGACUGGGCGCGUAGAGAGCUCUCUCAAGUCCAACAUCUCCCGUCAUCACCCUUCACUGCCGCCUUUGACAACAUCCACAACCUUCUCUCUGAAGCCGGCGUACUUGAAGACGGCUUUGGCAGCCCGACUCGCCUUGGCUCUCUGUCGAGGUAUAUCUUUGGCAUGUCCAACCCGCAGCGCACACGCCUCACUCUCCAGCGCACAUUCAAUGAGUUCCUCACCGUACUCGAGGAUGCCAUCAACUCGGAACUUCAACACUCCCUCGCCUUGUUUGCUCUCUUCGAGGCCAUCGACCACCAGUUCCUCAAUCUGGCGCGCACUGUUGUCCGUGAGGCAUCAGCGCAGGAGGACCUGCACGCUGAUUCGCUGUCGUCACUCUGGACGCGCAUCCUAGGCGCCAACGCCGCAGAGGUGGCGAAAUAUGAGCGCAACCGUCUGCUGUUGCAGAACGUUAGGGAGAAGACAGUGCGGAACAAGAGCAUCUUGGUCGAGCACAACGGCAAGCUCAUGGCUCUCAAGGCCAAUCUCGAAAACCUGCGACGCAAGCUCGUCAGCCCGCUCGUGAGGUCUGUCAAUUCGAGCACUCUGACGCUCGAGGACCAGAUCCGCGGGCUGGAGGACGUCGGGGGUUACCUCGAGGGUGUUCGGACGCGGCAGAAGGGCAAGCUGAUGGAGAUGCUGUACGGCAGCGUCGGAAACAGUCGGCGGCUCAUUGAGGACCGGACGUAUGGCCGUACAGCAUGA